GGCGCCGCCAUGCGGGUGCGGCUGGCCCGGCGGGGCUGCGCGCUGCUGGGGCUGCUGAGCGCGGCCGCGCUGCUGGCCGUGCGGCUGCCGCGCUCGCUCUUCCAGGCGCCCGGCGCGACCCCGGCGGCGGGCGGCGGCGGCGGGCGCGGGGAGCGGCGCGUCCCGGCGGAGCGGGCGGAGGCGCUGGCGCGGCCGGUGCAGCCCAAGGGCCCGCCGGAGCCCGCGGCGCCCGGGGAGUGGGGCCGCGCGGCCCACCUGGCGCUGAGCGCCGAGCAGCAGCAGCUGGAGGCCGAGCUGGUGGAGCGCUACGCCGUCAACGUCCUGGUCAGCGACCGCAUCUCGCUGCACCGCCACAUCCAGGACGGGCGGCUGCCGGAGUGCCGGGCCCGCCACUACGACCACCGCCGGCUGCCCACCACCUCGGUGGUCAUCGCCUUCUACAACGAGGCCUGGUCCACGCUGCUGCGCACCAUCCACAGCGUGCUGGAGACCAGCCCGGCCGUGCUGCUCAAGGAGCUGCUGCUGGUGGACGACCUCAGCGACCGGCCCUACCUGAAGGCCGAGCUGGAGCGCUACGUCAGCCGCCUGCCCCGCGUGCGCCUCAUCCGCACCCAGCGGCGCGAGGGCCUGGUGCGGGCCCGCCUGAUCGGGGCCACCUUCGCCACCGGCGAGGUCCUGACCUUCCUGGACUGCCACUGCGAGUGCGUGCCCGGCUGGCUCGAGCCCCUGCUGGAGCGCAUCGCCCAGAACGAGAGCGUGGUCGUCUGCCCCGUCAUUGACACCAUCGACUGGAACACCUUCGAGUUCUACAUGCAGUCGGGGGAGCCCAUGAUCGGCGGCUUCGACUGGCGCCUCACCUUCCAGUGGCACUCAGUGCCUGACUACGAGCGCCACCGGCGCAAGUCGAGGGUGGACCCCAUCCGGUCCCCAACCAUGGCCGGGGGCCUCUUCGCCGUGAGCAAGAAGUACUUUGAGUACCUGGGCACCUACGACACGGGCAUGGACGUCUGGGGCGGGGAGAACCUGGAGCUUUCCUUCCGGGUGUGGCAGUGCGGGGGCCUCUUGGAAAUCCACCCCUGCUCCCACGUGGGGCACGUCUUCCCGAAGCGGGCCCCCUACGCCAGGCCCAACUUCCUGCAGAACACCGCGCGGGCCGCCGAGGUCUGGAUGGACGAAUACAAAGAGCACUUCUACAACAGGAAUCCUCCAGCGCGGAAGGAAGACUAUGGCGACAUCUCUGAAAGGAAGCUGCUGAGGGAGCGCCUGCGGUGCCAGAGCUUUGACUGGUAUUUGAAGAACGUGUUUCCCAACCUUCACAUCCCUGAGGAUCGGCCCGGCUGGCACGGGGCCAUUCGCAGCCUGGGGAUCUCUUCAGAAUGCCUAGAUUACAAUUCGCCGGAGCACAACCCGACUGGCGCCCACGUGAACCUCUUCGGGUGCCACGGGCAGGGAGGCAAUCAGUUCUUCGAAUACACGUCCGAUCUCGAAAUCAGGUUUAACUCCGUAACGGAGCUCUGCGCCGAAGUGCCCGAACAGAAGGAUUUUGUAGGCAUGAGAAAUUGCCCCAAAGAUGGUUCUGCCAUCCCAGAAAACAUUCUAUGGCAUUUUAAAGAAGAUGGCACCAUCUACCACCCUCACUCAGCCAAAUGCCUCAGUGCCUAUCGUACUCCCGAGGGUCGAGCUGACGUAAAGAUGACAACAUGUAAUGCUUCGGAUAGAAACCAGCUGUGGAGGUUUGAGAAAUAGAGCUGAACAGCCACCCAAAAUACAUUCCCAGGGACGUCACAUUUGGGCCACAUCAGAUAACUUUUCUAAAUGAUUUCUAGUAAGAACUGCGAAUGAAUGAAAACGAAAAAAACAGACUUGCCAGUCAAAAAGUGCCUUUUCUUCUGAACGGAGGUAUUAACAAUACAAAAUGAAACUUCGCACACAAGUUUAAGAGUGUGUGUGCGCUGCACAGAUUACAGCAAACAGGAACAUCCCGGGGAAGAGCUAAAUUCAAGCGAACGAAGUACAUUUGCUAAACGAUGCGCAUUUUGUGAAGGUUAGGUUGGCGUAGGAGAAACUUUGCUGUAGGAAUGAUGCUAGAGAAAGGUGCAGAACUGAAUUUUGGGGCUCAGUCGAUGGAAUUAUUGAUUCCUUGCUUUGGGAACAAGAUUAGUUCCUGUUGAUGCACCUCAGUUCAUUUGUCUUUAAUGCAGUCUCAAUCUUGGCAACUUUAAGACCUGUGGACUUCAACUCCCAGAAUUCCCCAGCCAGCCAUGCUGGCUGAGGAAUUCUGGGAGUUGAAGUCCACAGGUCUUAAAGUUGCUGAGAUUGAGAAACACCGCUUUAAUGAGAGCAGAGCUAGGAAGAACACUAUGUGGGAGGAAGGGGACAAAGCAAUAAAAUAUUGAUUGAUUUAAUAUUUUUAAUCAAUCUGAAUUUGAAUCGGGAACGUGGACAGAAAUAGAUUGUGACUGAGGUUAAAAGGGUUAAGUAGCACCCAAGGAAUAUAUCAGGGAGGCAGAGAAAAAUGUUUCUGUGGCUGGUUCUUUAUGCAUCGUAUAAAGUAUAUAUUAGGAUAAGCAUUUAGCUUUUCUUGAGGGCUGAAAACAUUACUUUUCUUUGAAAAAGGUUGCAUACCUUUAGCUCAGUCUUUAAGGCGGCGGCCUAUAUCCUCAUGAGCCACGUGGCAUAUCCGUGUAUAAGUGGUGGCAGAAACGGGUGAUGUCUUGUUUGCUGUCCUAAUCUGUGUCAGCAACCUGAAAGGAAUAUCCGGGCCUGUGCAAAAUAGGCUGCCAAUCAAAGGUGCAAAGUGUAAAAGCCAUUCUAGCCAAUAUAGGCGACACCCAAGUCUUUUGGUCAGAGUUUUAUAAAAUACCCAAAGUUAAACUGACAGCUCGAUAGUGUGGUUGCUAAAAGAGGUUAUGGAGAAAAACAACUGGGAAGCGUUGGCGGGUCGUAUCCAACUUCAGAGCCCCCCCUUCAGCAAAGUUCUGAAAGAGGAGUCAUUUCAUAGACCAACUUCUGUUGGUGCUGAUGGUUUGGGAGCUUAAAACUUGUCUAACGGCAAGAAGAGUGAAACAAACUAGCUUUCCAGAUGUCUGUCUAUGUUUUAACUAAGCUGUAUUUAUUUAUUGGGCACAACCCGAAUGAGAAGAUCACUAGUGAACCAUAGUAAUGUUAUUUUCCAAACACCAUCCUGACACUCCACUCCCAGAGAAGGGUGUCUUCUUGCCCUUAGAAGCUCAAAAUAGCAUUUCAGCUAUGCCAGGUUUAAGUGUUAAGUGCCCACACUGAGUUCUCUGUUCUGGGUUUGGUGCUGCAACUUCAGUGCUGCAACUUGGAGUUGAAGGCUAAGUGGACUGAAGACAUUUUUCCCCAGGGAUGAAAGUAGCACAACAGAACACUGAUUCUUCCAGGGAGCGUCCUGCAUCACCUCCCAUGAUUCGUCCUUAGAAGUCAAAGCUGGUGAGCAAUUCUGGGAUUUCAAAGGGAGGGGCGCCAUGUCUUCAACAGCCCCCUGCUGCUCUCCCGUGAUGACUAUCCAUUAUCCGUUUCUGUUCCUAUUCGUAUCCCAUGGCAUGGAUCUUCCCAGCCAAACAGGUUAUUCUGGGCGCUUCAGCCUUAUCAAAAAAUUAUGCAUGUGCAAAGAAUGUAGAUUUCCCAGGUGCAGAAUUGAUUUUACUUGUUGUUAACCCUAAACCUUUCUGUUUUGCCCUUUAGAAAUCCACGUUCUUUGCACCUAACAGGAAAGGAGAACUGUGGGAAACCUGCAAGGAAGGGAAAGUAGAAUGUAGCACACAUUCUUUUCUGCCAGUUUUCAAGUCUGAACGGCAGGCACAGGGCAAAACUGUAUGUUAACCUACACCAGUCUGUUGCCCAUUAAACACAGUCAUAUUUUCAGACUAUCCUUCAAUGAGAAGGUGCCUGUCUCAGAGGGGCCCACCCUAUGGAAAGGAUGUCUUAGCCCAUCUGCACUCGUUGCGUGGUAGGGAGAACAGUCAUGAAUUCUGCAGUUGCUAAGCAGUGGAAGGAAGUCGCCUGGAGUUCCCCUAAGAGGGUUGAAUUUUAUCAGCUUCAUUCAGGAGAACUUUGUGGUGUGGCAAAACAUGCCAUUCUCUGAAUCUACUUCAUAGGAGUUCCUCUUACUGUUUUGGGAUUUGACUGCACAAGACAGUUACAGUCAAAGACCUCUAUUUGUCACAGAAGAACAUACCUUUAUUCUGAGAGAUUUCUCCAUGCACUCCUGUCGGGUAUGAUACGCCAGGACAAUUCUUGGACACUUUAGCACGGAGAUGGGAGCUAAGGCAUACAGUACUGUCUCUUGAAAACCCACAAGUGACCUUUAAUUUUUGUUCAGAAUGUGUAUCGUGGCUGAAUUACCCGUACACCAUCCACUCUGAACCUGGAUUAGCUAUGCAAUUAUUUUUUUCACCCAUUUGCCUUAUUCCAUGUUUUAAGAAAUCAACAUUCUUGAGAAAGAUGGUUUAUUUGCCUAGUUCAAAACGUGUUUAAAAAAUUCUGCAACCUGAGCAGAAAACCAAGAGGGCCAAUCUAUAAUAUUUUUUUACUAUACAGUACAUAUUUCUAAAUCCAUUUAGUAUAGAUGUCCCAGCUUUAUAAGACUUCUUGCAAGGGAAGUAUGUAUAACAUUGUGUUGUUAUUGUUCAUAAAUUGCUGCACUGCAUAAAUUGAAGCACAGUUCCCAGCAUAAUAAUUGUUCUGAAUAGUUAAUUCUGCGCAUCAGUUAAAAUUUGUAAAUAUUUUUUAUGCUAAGAAUUUGCACUGGCAAUCUUUUUAGCUCUAUUGUUGCUCUUAAGUAAAGUUCAGAAAGCAAUAACUGUUUACCAGUUUCUAAAACAUUUGAUAUCUUGAAAAAUGAAGGUAGGUGUACUUCGAUUCUUUUAACAAUGGUAAAAUUAAUUGGGGAAUAUUUUACUGUGAGGCACUUAAACUACUGAUUUUUCAGAUCUGUCUUUAGGAACAUGAAUAAUUUGACAAAUACACGUUCGUGUUAAAUGGUUUGAAAUGGCAGAAAUAAAUUUUUUUCCAGUUAAA